CCGCGACGCCGCCUCUAGUGCGCUGUUGGAGUGCGACGCAAACACUGGGACCGCCGCCGCUCUCCGCAGCCAGAUUGACUUUCUGAAAAACUUCUGACGCUACAAAGGAUGAUGAUCUCGUCUCUGCUGGCAGUAGCUCUGCUGUGUCCCUCGUGGCGGGUGUUUGCCUCUGAGGUAGACGACAAACGCAUGUACGACUUCGGGCUCGGAAAGCGCGCUGCCUACAGCUACGUGUCAGAAUACAAGCGACUACCUGUGUACAACUUCGGCCUGGGCAAGCGGGACGCUCCCCACAGGAUGUACUCCUUCGGCCUCGGCAAGAGAGAAAGAUAUGACCAAGAGGAAGACAACGACCUUGAUUACGACCUCAAAAGAGCGGCGCCGUCACCGUACAACUUCGGCUUGGGGAAACGAGAAGGCCGAAUGUACUCCUUCGGUCUAGGCAAGAGAAACGCUUACUACGACGAUGAUGACGUGGAUUACGAUUCGGACUUCAAGUACAGGAUGGGAAAACGGGCGUCGCCUUCACCUUAUAAUUUUGGCCUUGGAAAGCGAGAAGGCCGGCUGUACUCGUUCGGUCUGGGAAAGCGAGACUUCGAUACCGAUGACGAGUUGGGCGAGGAAGACAUGAGGAACGGCGGCAAGAGAGCAGCUCCAUCCCCCUACAACUUUGGUCUUGGCAAAAAAAGCAAACUGUACUCUUUCGGGCUUGGCAAGAGGGAUGUGAGCAGUGAUCUAUUAGAGAUGAUGCGCAGUGAAGAGGAGAACGACAGGCCUGUGCGCAGUCCCCAGUACAGCUUCGGUCUGGGCAAGCGUGACGCUGAACAAACCGCACCCUCGACACAACACCACUGAAUCUCCCCUACCCACAACCAGAUCCGUUGUAACAUUAUAUACGUCUAUUCGUACAGUAUCUGUGAUUGCUUUCUGUGUGGACGAAUGGUGCCACCAUAUUAUUUGUUUGGUUAGAAACCUCAUGUGUUUAAACUUGUAAUCUUCUCAUCAUUUGGAGGAAUUUUGCCUGCAAUGUAAUCCAUACUGAGAAUGCUUUACCUUCAGAAAUAAUUUAAUUGUUUGAAAUUUUAAUAAAGUAGUAAAACCAUAUAUUUUUGUAAAAAAGCUUUUUUCUAAUAAAUUUUUGUAAUCCUGUUGUUUUGGUCAUUAUUUAUAAAGUUAGUUCGUGGUUGUAUUUUGUCAAAGAGACUUUCGCAUAUGAAUGUUGUGUUCUGGAUCAUGGACACCCAUACUUAUUUAUUUAUAUAAAUAUAUUUAUAUGUUUACGAAUUUUUAAGACUCUCUAGAAACAUGUGUUUAUGUUGUAUAUAUAUUUUUAAAUAAAAUCUAACACUGAAAUUUGUUUGAAAAUUACAAUUUACUGUAUAGUACGUACCUUUCACUGAUUGUCCAGGAAUCAUUAGUGUAAUAUUUCUUACAAUUAUGAAAAAAGUUUGGAUUAGUACAGUUUUGAUCCAACAACAGAUGUUUUAGACCUUGUCAAAAAUGUUUGUACGGUUAAUGUAACAAAAUACUGUCUCAUUUCGUGUAAGUCCUUAAAUUUUGAAAAUAAACUCCCGUCAAUUAUGCAACUGGUACUGUUUUAAACCAUCCAUACUCUGGGGUAACGACCAUUCUCAAGACUUACCUCUAUUCUAGUAUUAUAACUUGAGGUACAGGAGUGUGGUAGUUUUGUGCGACCUAUAGUAGCAACAUCUACCAGAGUCCAGGGUUCCGAUGCUCCUGUAUAUUACUAAAAGCAAGGAAUGAUUUAUUCGUUGGUAGUGCCACAAUUGAUAAAUGGUAAAAAGCUAUAUAUUUCUCAAACAUAUAUUUUUCACACCAUGCAAUAAGAAGAACAUUUUUUGUAUUUAUUUUAUUAAUAGGAUAAAUAUAAGACGUGCUAUUUUCCCAUCAAAUUUAAUUAAAAAAGAUCGAUAUUGUCAUCGAUAAAAAUGUCUGGAUGAUAUUCAAGCAGUUAAUAUAGUAUUAUUAACAAACGUUACUUUAAAUACAUAUUAGUUGAAAACUAAGAAAAGCUUGUUUCUAAAUCUAGUUGAGUAUGAAUGAAUUUCACUAUGCGUAUCUUUUAAGUAGUGCCAUAUAAUGAAUAUUAAUUUUUCUAAUGUUUGGAAAAGUUAAUAAUACAGUAAUUUAAAAUACUGAAAAUAGUUGUGAGCCCGUUUAAAAAUAUCGUCAUAGGACAGUUUUUGUGAACAAUUUAUUCCCGUUUACAUGAUCUGCUAUCCCACCUCGAAUGGAUGUAUUGUAUUGAAUAAUGUUACAAUAACUUGUAUAUAUUUUCAUAUUGUUGGUCCAUAAAGAGUUUAUCCCGAAACAGUUGUUUCCUAUACGACAUUAAAAUGGGAUGUUCCUUCUAAAUUUUAAUUUCAAAUACAUUUUUGAAAGUUA